UCGACACUUCGACGCCAUGGCCCGCUCCUCGUCGCCGCUGAUCGCUUGCGCCGUUGCUCUCGUCGCCGCCGUGUCGGUGGCCUCUCUCGGGCUGAGCUUCGUUGGGACGCCGGCGACGCUGGGCCAGCGCACCGGCCAGCGCGAGGCCAACGUGGAGAUGCAGUUCUUCGGCGGGUCGUCGUCGCCAGCAACGUCGCGCGCCGCCCCGUCGUCGGCGGGAGGGGACUGGCGCGCCAGGGCCCAGGGUGACCUCUACUCGCAGAGCGGGGUGUACGUGGUGUCGGCCUCCAUCCUGUUCCUCUGCCUGUGUGUUCUGAGCGGCAACACAGGGCCCGGGUACUUCGGCGGCUUCUUCGACUACAAGCUCUAA